AUGUCAGCCGAAGAAGACUUGCCGAUGCUUCUGACUGGUCGACUAGAAGCUGCUCGAUCGCUAGAACAACAACUUCUCGGCAAGCAAUAUGCAUCCAUACAAGGAGUCAGCAAAUUGCGGAAUCGACUUGCUAGUGAACUGAAAUUUCUCGAAGGGAUCGAGUCUGGUAAGACACCAUUGGAGAGGAAAUACAUAGAGACAAGCAAUGUGACACAUUUCGAAAAUAUAGUUUCUGGUAUUGGACGAUUUCAUGGGGUUCAGGCUGUUUUCCACACAUUUUCUAUUCUUGAUCCAGAGACGGAUUCGGUGUUGAAGCAUACAGUGGAUAUCGUUGCAAAGAGAGGCGAUCAGUGGGUAAAAGUCAUUUCACGCUCGGCUAAAGGUAUUUGUAUGGAUUGGCUGACUGGAAGCUCCCGAAAUAUUUUUGAGCAAGCCGAUACCUACUUAAAUAUGGCCGCACUUUUUCAAAGGAAUUUUUGCGCACCUGAAGUUGUCUUUGAAUUUGUCGCUGGCGUUCCCGAUGCUAUGGCGUCGAAGUUGCGAUCUCUUGGCGUUAUCGUCAUAGGAGAAGAGAUUCCAAUUGACUCAAUUACCAAAGUGCCGGAAGACUUUAUGGAGAUGCUGAUGAAUGACGUUGAAGAGAAUGAUAGAGUGCCAACGAAUGGUUCCGAGCCAUCGCAACCACCUCCGGUUAAUCUGGAUGUGUCAGCUGUGUUCGUCCUGAUCUCAAAUAUGACGCAUGAAAAUGGGACAAACCACGUGUAA